CUCUUUUUAUUUUAUUUUUGUUUUUUCUUUCUCCUUCACUUUUUUUUUCCUUAUUAAAUCGUAAGGUUAUCUUGUUCUUCCCCUUCCUCUCUUUUUUUUUUUUUCUUUAUCCUUUCCUCUUUUUAUUAUAUUUCUAGUCAUUUUUAUUGUUAUUUCUUUUUUAUAUAUUUUUUCUUAUCCUCCAAAUACUUCAAUCCUUCUUUUUUGGUUCAUCUAUAUUUUUUUUUCCCUCGCAUGAUGGCAGAAUUAGUUCAGGAACAGAAACCUAAUUCGACAACAACGGCAGUGAACGAUGGGCAGUCGUCGACUGCUUCCACCACACCUGUACGGAAACGGACUCGCGCCACUGCCGAUCAAUUAGCAGUGCUGGAAGAUACGUUUGCAGUGAACGUGAGCCCCAACAGUAAAUUACGUAAACAGCUAUCAGAAAAGUUGCAGAUGAGUGAAAGAUCCAUACAAAUCUGGUUUCAAAACCGACGAGCCAAGGUGAAACAUAUGCAGAAGCGAGCACAAAUGCAAAUGCAUCAAGCAUCGAUACGAGCACAAAUGUACUAUUAUCAACAACAACAGCAGCAGCAUCAACACCCAAGGCCACAUUCACACCAGCAGCAACGACAAUAUUUUCAGCAUCUGUCUGCCACAGUGCCUCCGCCUCCACCACCACAAUCGAAGCUGCCACUUAUGCCGUGUAACCCGUAUUCGAUGCUUUACACAAAUACAGCCAGCCAUAUGGCCAUUUCUCGUGCUCAAAGUGUCGAUGCGAUUCAACCUGUUCCCAAUGUGUAUGUCACCCCACCACCAGGUGUGUGGCCCACCCCUUCCACCAUGAUGCGCCAGAGUAUGCCGCCGCACCAGCUUAAAGAUGUGCACCUGGAUUUUCCCGCUUAUAUCCAUGGACCCAUGUCGCCAUCGCCCAGUCCUCACCCGAAUACCAUGACAGUGACACCCUCAACGAUACCCACUCUUGUCUCUGUACCGGAUGCAGGUCCUACCGCCAUGCUCACCACUCAGACCUCCGUAUCAACACCGCCCCCGGGAACUGUCAUGUGGCCCACAGCUUCUGCAGUGCAACCUAGCAACUCCGCCCCUGCAUCAACGAUCGACCCUUCUAAUCUUAUGAUGACACCUCCCAGUAAUGACAACGAUCUACACUUGAGCGUGACCACGCUCACGAUCGGUACCUGGCAUCGUUUGAAAAUGUCCAAUUCGGAUCUGCUGUGCUUGUUCAACCCAGCCCAACGAGUGCUUGCUUGGCAUGUCGUCGAUAGUGGUUGUCACUUUAAAAUAGAGAUCGCCUUGGACGCCGUCGUGAGCAUCCAGUACACCGCCUGCGAUGUAUUGGGCGAAGUGCAUAUUGAUCUCAGUGAAUCGCCUCAGUUUUUCAUGCAGUCACAAGAAGAUCCAUCCACGGACUCACAGUGGAUUCAGUGCAGUGAUUUUACCGAGGGGAAACAGGCCUCCCACCUGUAUCGUCACACCGUUCAAGGCUUGGCCCACCAGAUCAAACAGGAGUUGACAGCGUGGACAACCCAUCAUGAAGAGAUGAGACUUCUUGUACAUUUUGUCGAAUCCGAGCCCGACUCUACUUUUGCUGAUCCUUCUUCGUCUAUUACUACUACCUUGAUGCUUCCCACCGGUGACAUGUCAUACUCUUCGCCAUCCCAUCCUUCGUUCCUCCCGUCCUCGCACAUUUCCGCUGUAUCCUGUUCUUUUUCCCCCGCUCCUCCUUCUCUGUCUUCCAUUCCGACCGAAACGUUAACCUACGUUGACCCUGCCAAUCUGAGCUACAGUACCACCUCCGACCUGCCAUCGACGCUUUCCUCUUGCGACUAUCUUUACAGUGCUUCUAACAAGCAAUGUCACACCCAGUCAGAGUUGAUGCCGCUGGCCAAUUAAAAAAUUGUUUGUUGUUUGGACAGUUGAACUUGACGUUGUAGGCCAAUCAAAAUCAAUCUUACGUUUUUAGAAAUGAAAAAAGUCGUAUUUUAUAAAAAAUGUUGCUUGCCUGGAAAUCAUUGCGACGGUUUUCUUGGCACUCAAAGACUAAUAUCGACGCAGACACAGUAGUUUAUAUGAGAG